AUGCGCACCUUCCAGACGGAGAUGAACAAUAAUUCCCAAGAGGAGGUACCCACACCACUUGAUCUCACGGUCAAUUCCUCCACCAUCGCCACCACUGACAUUACCGUAGCCACUUCGCCCGCCAAAGCACAAAAUUCACAGUUAAAUGACCUCAACCAUGUGAUUCAAUCCAUCCGUGAAGUGAUUUCCUGCUGCGCCUGUUUCAAUUCUGACUUUGGCAUGAAGGAAUGCGCAAAUGGUCAUCUCCUCUGCCACACAUGUUUCCUCACCUUACGACAGGAUGAUCAUCCACAAUGCCCCACCUGUAGAGCCGUCCUCUAUCCCGACAGCAGACGUGCUCUAACCGCGCAAAAGGUUCUUUCCGAGCUCCCUGAUGUCUGCUUAGAAUGCGGACAGAUGAUGCUGCAUAAAGAUCUCGUCGGUCAUAAGCUCAACGCCUGUCCCAAGCGUCGUGUCUCCUGCGGUCUUGCACCCCUUGGGUGUACGUGGUGCGGUAGUGCAGAGGAAUACCACGGUCAUUACGAGGACUGUGAAGUACGUCGGUGUCUUCAAGAACGACCUUUGGAAGAGAGUCUCUCUAACGUACUUGCACGAUUUAGACGAAGGGAGCAGAUGGUGCGAGAGAUGUUUACUUGCUUUUCGGCCGUUUUUAGACACCUGGAGGGCUUCGAACUCCAGUCGGUAUGCGUCCCACUCUCACUAGCACGAGUCACUCCAGGCCGACUAGUCUUCAAAAGCGAUCAAUUCCACGGAAGUCAGUCUCGUUGGACACUGAAAUUGAUGGUACGAUUUGAUGAUGAUGGUGCUGAAGAAAUCGCUAACCCUGUAGCUUCUAAUGUUGGUGACUCCAUCGCUCCAAAUGCCUCGGAAGUGCAGGAAGUUGUCGAAACGGGCGUAGAGACUGCAGAACAGGCGAAUGGUUCACAUAAUUCAACUGAGAAUUCCUCAUCUUCACAAAACGAAGAAACGAAUUCUUCGCACCAUCCACGAAGGAUAUUCCGUUUUACGGGAACACAGCGCACACGACCAUAUCCAGAUUGGCGACAAACAAGGAACGGGAGCAACAAUAAUAACAACCCUAAUGGAGGAGGUGGAUCGGAGAAUGGAUAUACCCAGUCGGAUCAGUCCCAAUUUGGAGAACUAAGUUUCACCAUAACGAAGGAAAAUAGUCCAGGGAUAGGAAGGAAGAACUAUGCCUUCAUCCCACUGCAAAUUGAGUCGGCAGAAACCGGAGCUCAAGUGAGUGUUCGACCAAUGAUUUCUAUGUACCGGUUUGCGUCAAGGGGAGAGAGAACUGGAGCGUUUGGUUUGUAUCCCAUGCGGUGGCGGUACCUGACAAAUCUGCGAGAACUCAAGGCCUGUCGUCUGGUCAACAUGGAGAUGGUGAUUGCAAGAAAACUAGUAGAUGAGCAAGCGGAGCAGGCAUAG